AUGAGUUUGAUUGAAGAACAUACUUGUCACAAGACUGCUAACAAUAUAAGUACAAAGACCAGUGGCUUGCUAAAAGGUUUGCCAACACUCUUACACAUAGUCCCCAUAGGGAAACCAGCAGUCCUCAUAGCUGAAGCAGUUGAGAAAUGGGGAGUGAAACUAUUCCAUGACCAGGAAUAUAGGGCCAAAAGGAAAGCAAUGGAGUUGGUUCAAGGGGCUGGUAUUGAGGAGUUCUCUCAUUUGAGAUCUUAUGGACAAGAGAUAUUGAAAUCAAACCCUAAUAUUAUUGUUGUAAUACAAUGUGGUGAUAGUAAUGGCAACCAUGUAUUUGAAAGAAUUUAUGUGUGUUUAGAAGCUUGCAAGGCGGGGUUUUCAAAGACAUGUAGGCCACUAAUUGGGUUACACGCAUGCUUCUUAAAAGGAGAUUAUGGUGGACAGUUAAUGUCAGUAAUAGGGAGGGAUGGAAAUAACCAGAUCUUUCCAAUAUCAUAUGAUGUAGUAGAAACUGAAGCAAGAGAAUCUUAA